CUUCUUUCCAUUUGAAAUGAGAGAGCUGUGGGGCUGCGGCUCUGCCUGUCUGUGCGAGUACAGCCACUCACUCUCGCCGCACUGUCACUCGCCUCACUGCCGGUUCGCCAUCACCACAGUCGCCGCACAGCCGGUCCGCCAUCACCACCGUUGCCGCUCCUAAAAACGUAAGGGUUUCCCCUGACUGCAGCACGCGAAAGAGUCAUAGAAGUCAACCGUUAGACUGCAACGUCUCUUCAUCAGGUGGAACAUUGAAGCUAGGGACCCAACAAGAGUGGCUCGCUGAGUAGAGGUUGGUGGUCGCUCUAAUUCACCUGCUUCUGGCAUUUACAGAAGGUGGAGGUUGAUUAAAAUCCUCAGGUUUCAUGUUCUUCAAGAAUUUGAUGAAGGGAAGAGAAGCUGUAGGAGGCGUUUGGCAGGUCUAAUAUACAGAGAAGGAAAACACAUCCUGAAAAUGUGGUUGGUGAAAAUUCACUAGAUGUUGAACGCGCCACAGGUUACAUCUUGAUAGUUUGAAUUCCACGUAUACCAAUUGAACAGUACAAAAUCAGAAAGAGAUGCUGCAAGGGUUCAUAAAAGGUAUGCUUGCCUUUUAUUGGCUGCUGUCUUGAUUUGGGGCGGUUAUCCAGUUUGUAUCUUCCUUUGCUAUACUUGCACGUGAUACAUGAUAGGUUCAUCAACCAACACUCGGAUACCAAUGUUGGAACUUUACGGUUCCCCCCAGGAUCUCAAAGCAGCAUCAACAUUGUCAGAGUGAACCUGAAACUAGUAACAAAGCAACACACAACAAGAAGCAAACAGGAAAGAGGAAGAUAAAGCAAAAAACGGAGUAGUGAGUCCAGGUAUUUUCGGGGUUUGCUUUAAGGAGCCCUUUGCAUCAACUUGAUAGGCGUCCGUCAUAAGAGGUGAAUGCUGGGUUAAGUAAAUGGCUGCCUUGGAUUCGCUGUAUGCUCAGGUUUAGCAGGCUAGUGGGAAUCUAUUUUUUCAGUUUUUAUUUGUAACUGAUUUGCCAAAGUUGUAAAGGACCUCAUAACAAAUGAGCAGGCCCUCUCAUUCUUUAUGGGUCAUGGGUAUGGCUCAUGGCCACAACCCAACAAAAUUUUCCUACAAAAAUCAGAAUUGGAGAAGACCGCUUCUUGAUCUCUUCGACUCUGGGAGAAAAGAUGAGCCUUAUCUGAUUUCAGUGCUUCGAAUUUGUCGGAUCAUCCAGUCUCGGGAAUGGUGUCCUGGGACAGAGAUAAAAUUGAAAUUGUUGGGCAUACAGUUGAACACUUAUAUUGUUAAUCAAGUGCUAAAGGCUGACAUGGAUUCCAAUGUGGCAUUUUCCUUUUUCAUGUGGGCAGAGUCGCAGUUUGGUUACAAACACAUCUACUUCACGUACAAAUCAAUUAUCUCCAUACUGCUUAGGGACAGGAAACUUGAGCUGCUAGCUGAUGUGCUUUGGAGAAUUCAGGAGAAUAGGUUCCUAAUGCACCGGUCACUAUAUAGACUUCUCAUCUCUGGCUAUGUGAAGUUAGGGGAGGUACAUCUAGCGAUUCAGACAUUUGACCAAAUGGUUGCAUCUGAUUGUGUGGUUUUUGCUGUUGAUUACAAUCGAUUCAUUGGUGUCUUGAUAAAGGAGAACCAUUUUGAUUUGGUUAAGAAGUAUUACCUGCGAAUGAUGAAGGAAGGCUUCUCUUUGAGUACCUUUACUUACUCCAGACUUAUUUCUGGUUUGUGCCAGAAAAACGACCUUGAUUUCGUGCACUAUCUUCUUCUUGACAUGUAUAAAAUUGGCAUUGUUCCAGAUAGUUGGGCAUGUAACAUAUAUUUGAACUACUUGUGUAAGGAGAACAAGUUGGAUCUUGCUCUGAAGGUAAUGGAUGAAAUGUCUGAGCGGGGAAGAGAACCCGAUAUGGUCACAUAUACAACACUUAUAAAUGGAUUUUGCAAGGUCAAGAGGUUUCAGAAAGCGACUGAAGUUUGGAACUACAUGAUUGAAAUAUUUCCAUCCGUUGAUGUGGUAGCAUGCGGGACGUUGGUUUUUAGCCUGUGCAGUCACAAGAAAGUAGAUUUAGCUUAUGAUGCUGUCAUGAAAAUGGCCAAGAAGAAAAUACAAGUAAGUGCCGCCAUUUAUAAUGCAUUGAUCAGUGGAUUUUGCAGAGCUGGCAGUGUUGACAAGGCUACAGCCAUGGUAGUGUUCAUGAGACAGAAUGGCCUCAAGCCUGAUGCUGUCACUUACAAUAUCCUUCUGAACUACUUCUGUGAUAAACUGAUGCUCGACAAGGCUAGCAGGCUAGUGAAAAGAAUGAAAAAAAGUGGGGUAGAACCUGAUGCUUAUAGUUACAAUCAGCUUCUGAAAGGGCUAUGCAGAGCAAAUCAGCUGGACCAGGCAUAUGCAAUGGUGACGAAGAUGCAAACUGCUGGUUUGUGUAACAUGGUUUCUUGUAACACCAUUAUUGGAGCACUUUGCAAGGCCAACAGAAUAGGUGUGGCCUACAAAUUGUUCAGGGAAAUGGUUGAAAAAGAUCUAUUACCAGAUAUUGUUACUUACAACACUUUGAUACAUGGCUCUUUCAGGAAAGGGUUUCUAGAUUUGGCAGAGGAGCUCUUUGAGCAGCUGGUGAGACAUGGGUUGGUUCCAGAUGUCAUUUUGUACACAACCAUGGUUGAUCACCUAUGUAAGACUGGUCGCAUCGAUAGAGCUUCAAAUAUCUUUCAUGACAUGAAAGCGAACGGUGUUGCUCCUGAUGUUAUAACAUAUAAUGCAUUAAUUGGUGGGCUCUGUAAGGAAUUUAAGGUCAGGAAAGCAAUGGAUCUUUAUGAAGAGAUGGUAGGCAAUGGAUGCCAUCCAGAUGAGGUGACAUACAAAUUAGUAAUUGGUGGGCUUAUAAGAGAAGCAAAGAUCCAAAUGGCAUGUAAAGUAUGGGAUCAAAUGAUGCAAAAUGGAUAUGCUCUUGAUGCAACAACUUCUGAGACUUUGAUUAGUGCACUUCACAUGAAUGAUAAAUUUGAAACAAAUGCAAAAAGAUUUGGAAGGGCAGUUGUGCCAUUUAGUUUACAAAGGUAACUACCAAUAUAUCCAAUAAACAAUGGCUCUAGCAUUGAUGUUUAAGCUAUUAAUGUGGCUUCAUGUGUAUGAUACGAAGCCUUUGUAGAGAAAAAGGAGAGAUAAGAGGAAAAUAAGGAGUAGUCUGAGAGAUUAUUUGCAUCCAGCAAACCUUUUUCUCCCUCUUCUGUGCUUGAACCUGCUUCAGCGGUAGCACCUGAUAAUCAAUGUAUCAAGAAAAUAAGGGGCCACUGUGCAGUGCUUAUCUAUCAAUGUAUCAAUGCUGCUCCUGAAAUUAUGCUCAUUACAGAACCUGGAGGCGUCCUAUUGCACUAACAGUGCUUGUUAUUCUUAGGACUUUAUGUUUCAUGGGUGCACGUUGAGCUCCUGUUCUCUCCCUUUAGUGGUGGUCAAAUUCAUACAGAUGGCUGUCUUCUAUUUCUUCUAUGACCACAAUUAAAUUUUUGCUUCUUAAACUAGCAAUCUGACUGCUCAUCAGUAAUAUCUGAAUUUAUGAUUAAGGGUAGACCUAUAUUUGCAUUUUCAAUAGAGGGUUUAGCGUUUGAACAUGGCUGAAAAUGUUGAUUUUUUGAAGUUGUUUCCAGUAGUUACGGGCCUUACGGCUAUUGAGAACGUACUGGUUUGAGGUUUUCUAUAUUUUAGAACUUUAUUAUUAGGUAGUACUUUGAAUUUUUAAUUAUUUAUUGGACUCUUUAUGUAAGGGGUUAGACAUAACCCUAAUUAGUUCCUUUUAAUUUAAUGGAAGAGGAGGAGCCAUGAGUAAGACAGCUCCCUUCUCUCUCUUUCUCUCCUCUCUAGCUUCUCGCAACUAUCUCCUAUCUCAUCUUCUUUGUAUAUUGGUGUAACAUUAAGAUCAAAAUGGUAUCAGAGCGGACAGUCUUGGGAUCCUACUGACACUGUUUAAACUGCUGGGUCUUCCUCGUUUUCUUAUUCUUCAUCAAUGCCUGGUUGCUGAUAAUCUCUCUUUUGGUUGAAAAAAAGUAUUUGUCUGUUAAGGGUUAGGGUACUGAUCACAAAUAUAUCAAUGUGAUCAGAAACCCUAACUCAUGUUGAUUAAGGUCGGUGGUGGAACUUCAAAGCAUAUGUGGACAGUUGCUGAUGCUUGAAAAUAUAUAUCUGAAAUAAUCUCUGGUGCAACUGUGUGCGUCUCGCGAAGUUGCAGAGACAACGUGUUGCAGGACAGAAUAUUGCUUUUUAUUGUAGUGUUGCUGUAGUAGUAUGCCUGUCAUGGAGUUGCAGAGACAAUGAACUGCAGGACAGAAUAUUACUUAUUAUUGGUGUAGUGUUGCUGUAGUACAGAGUCUACAGACGUGAUUGCAGUAUGCUGUGGACUUCCAGAUUCUUCUAUCUUCGAGAUUUUAUCAUGGCUGCUAAUAAAUCUCUAUAACAUGAUACAAUUGAAUCUGGAAAUCAGCAAACUGAGGCUGGUGUAGAGUACAAAGCUUUCUCAAAUCCAUUUUCCUUUGGAUCUACUAUCAAACUCGAUGGAUCUAACUACAAUGUAUGGGCUAGAACCUUCAUGCUAUUAGUUGUUGGACACGAGGAGAAAUAUAUACUGGAAGUAGAUGAGCCAGUAGAAAAAAUCGGCAAGUAUGCAUGGUGGAAGGAAAAAAACAACAUAAUUAGUGUUUGGCUUAUGAAUAGCACAGAACCUCAAAUUGCUGCAAGGCUCUGCUACUAUAAUACAACUAAAGCUAUGUAGAAUUCUCUCCGGCAGAUGUAUUCUCGAGUCUCAAGACAAGAACAUCAAAAAAAUUCUACAAAUUCAAUAAGAAUUUACAAAUGCAGCAAGGUGACAUAGAUUUAACUGAAUACUUUACGAAACUGAAGUAUACUUAUUUAAAGAUGAAUUCCUUAAAACCUCCUUGCAAGCAUUGUCUCAAGUCUCACAUGGAGCAAAUGAUCGUUGUUAAAUUUCUAAAUUAACUGUCAUCAAAUUAUUCUACAAUCAAGGCCCAAGUGCUUACAAGAUUAGAUUUUUUCGAUCUUGAUAAGGCCUUCAACAGGCUAAGCAGAUUGGGUGUUACCCUUCCUCCAUCUACGAAUAACUCACAGCCAUCUGCCUUUGCCUCAUUGGGAUGAGGACGACGUGCACAACAGUCUUCCCUUGGUAGAGGAAGAGGCCGUGGUCCAAGAGGAUGUGGAAGACUCUAAUGCACAUGUCGUGGUUGUCUUGACCACUUAGAGGAUAGGUGCUGGAACAAAGUGGGUCUAACACAUCUCUAUCCACGACUGUGACAUCUUCAUCCAUUUCAGCUCCAAACACAUAGGCUAUUAGUAUGGUUCCUAAGGUGAAUCCUACUGUUGCUUCUGUAGAUGCUACAUCUCUCAAUUUAAGUCAUGCUGAACUUGACUUAAUUAUGGAGCAUCGAUCAAAUUCUACACCUUCUACCUCAUCAGCUUGCACUGCUAUCACAAAUUUAGCAUAUUCUGCAGGUAGGACUCCCUACUUACAAUGGUUGUUGGAUAAUUGAUUAUGGAGCAUCUAGACACUUUUGUGGAGAUGCUAGUAUUUCAAAUUUGCAGAAAUUUAAUCCCUCACGGCAUGUUCGAUUAGCGGAUUGAAGGCUAUCUCUGGUAGAAGGACAUGAGAUAUUUGUCUAUCUCUAUCUUUACAUGUUCAUGAAGUGCUAUAUACUCACAAAUUCUCAAAGAAUUUGUUAUCUAUAAGCAAACUAACUAAAGAGAUGAAUUGUCGAGUUAUUUUUGACUCGAGUACUUGUGUAUUUCAAGACAUAUCGAGUGGGAGGAAGAUUGGUGGAGGCCAUGAGAGAUGGAAUCUACUCCUUGGAUACAUCCAUUAAAGAGGCGUCAUUCUUAGUUGAUUCACCUUCAAGUGCGUUCCCGUGGCAUUUCAGACUUGGUCAUCAAUCAUGUCCUAAACUUCGGCAGUUAUGCCCUCAGAUUUUUUCUACAACCUCUAUCGAGUGUGAAGCUUGUCAACUGGGCAAGCAUAGUCGUACCUCUUUUUUAUCGAGUCAAAGUCUGUCUAGCCAUAAUCUAUUUGAUUUAGUUCAUGUUGAUGUAUGCGGACCUAGUCAGGUUUCAAGUCGGUUGUCAUCUCGUUAUUAUCUGUCCAUUGUUGAUGAUUUCUCUCGAGUCACGUUGGUUUUUUUGAUGAAAGGCAGAUUUGAAGCUCUUUGUAUUUUGAAAUCUUUCAUAUUGGAAAUAAAAACUCAAUUUAAUUAUUGUGUCAAGGUUGUUCGCACUAACAAUACUCUCGAGUUCAAAUUUACUUCUCUGCUUGAAUUCUACAUCUUAACAAAAUGGCGUAAUUGAAAGAAAACACUGCCAUUUGUUGGAUGUAGUCCACAUUAUCAUGAUUCAUUCUCAUAUGCCUUUCAAAUUUUUGGGGAGAUCCAAUCUUAAACACAUGUUACCUAAUAAAUAGAAUGUCAUCAUUUUCCAUAGACAACGAGAUGCCGAUUCAAAUUCUUUACCCAAACAGGGCCUUGUUCUCUUUACCUCCACGUAUAUUUGGAUGCACAUGCUUUGUACAUCGACUUGGACCUAAUCGAGAUAAAAUAGUUGCACAAACAACUAAAUGUGUAUUUGUGGGAUACUUUUGAAAUCACAAAGGGUAUCAAUGCUUUGAUCCUAUAUCUAAUCGAGAGUUUAUCAGUGUCGAUGUAACCUUUCUCGAGUUUUUUCUAUUCUUUCAUGCAAGCCCUCCUAUCUACAGUUUGAGAUGCCCCAUUCUGUUCCAUUUCCAGUUCCUUCUAUUCCACUUGAGUCCAUUCCUUUUUAUAUCAUCCUCCACUUGUCCCGAUCCCUCCAUUUUGCGGUUUAAAGACCCUUCUCUCAUAUAUUCAAGAAAGAUCUGUCAUCUAAUGACCCUGCACCGUCUUGCUCUCAAGAGGUACGUAGUUCUGAAUUACAUGACAUGCCCGAGUGUUCCAUUGAUGCUUCUCAUCCUGACGAAUUACCUAUUGCACUACGUAAAGGGAUCAUACAAUGCACAAUUCAUCUUCUUUCUAAUUUUUUUAGUACAUCUCAUUUGAGAGAUCAUAUGUGCACAUUUAUUGAUGCCUUGCCAGCUGCUUCAGUCCCAAUCUCGCAUGAACAAGCUCUUUUGGACUCUAAGUGGUACCAAGCAAUGAAGGAGGAGAUGGAUUCUAAUAUCUCGCCACACUUGGGAUCUUGUUGAACAGUCCUUUUGAGACAGAUAUUGACGGCUCGAAAUGGGUAUUUACUAUCAAGUAUAACUCCAACGGUAUAGUCGAGUAGUACAAAGUACGGUUGAUAACAAAAGGGUACACAAAGACGUAUGGUAUUGACUUUUUUGAAACUUUAUCUCCUGUGGUAAGUUUGGGUACUAUAUGACUAAUUAUAUCUGUUGCAGUUCAUUAUGGAUGAAAUAUGUACCAAUACAUGUGAAAAAUGCUUUUUUGUAUGGAGAUUUAUCUAAACUAGUUUAUAGCAACAACCGCCAAGCUUUGAGAAACAUGGGGAGUGUACCAAAGUAUGUUUGUUAAAGAAGACUAUAUGGUUUGAAACGGUUUGAAACAGAGUCCCAGAGCAUGGUUUCAGAAGUUGUGUGAUGUUGUGUCCAAGUUCGUGGUUCAUAGAUUUUCUUUAGAUCAUUUAUUGUUCAUAAAAAAGACAGAGAUAUGGCUGUUAUGGUGAUAUAUGUGGAUGACAUUAUUUUAACUGGUGACAGCGAACAAGAAAUACAAUACACUACGAAGUAUCUCCAAACACUAUGUUACUAAUGACCUUGUCUGUCUAUGUUACUUCUUGGGGAUAGAAGUAGCAAGAAGUAAAAAAGGUUUAGUUCUUUCCAAAGAAAAUAUGUUCUUGAUUUGCUACAAGAGACAAGUAUGAUUGGAACUAAAUAAGCAUCUAUUCCUAGGA